UGAACACCACCAUUAUCCCCACUUUCACCAUACCCAACCUCGACAGGACGGUGACGAUACACUAUGGCCGACGCGAACGCACGACUGGAAUUUCUCUGGAGGGCCUCCCAUAUGAUGCUGAGCCAAUGCCCCAGCGCCUCAUCCCAUUACAUGUCCCAGUUCCUCAACCUGGCCAAUACUCGCGAGCUACGACUGCACGAGGACAUCCAGGCUAGAUCCUGCGCUGCUUGCGGAUCUAUCUUCGUGCCCGGUGUCAACGCCAAAGUUCGAGUGGUACCUGUUAAGGAGACGAAGCUGGAGCGAGAGAAGCGAAAAAAGAAGGCGAAGAAGGUGAAGAACGACAAGAGCAAGGAUGGCACGGCCUGGGAAGACGAGACGAGGCCGAUAGGUCUUGGUAUAGCCAAUCCGAUACAGGAUACCGUGCCAGCUCUCUCACCCAACUCUAUUGGACCCACAAUUGCAAGACCCAACACCUCACCAUCCAGCUCAACCUCACUGUCAACACCAAAGCGACAACCACAGCCGUCUCAGCAACCUGCCAAAAAGAUCAUCCGCAUCACCCCAUACGCUGAACUUGCACAACAGCAGCAGCAGCAUCAACAGCACAGACGACAGCUUGGCGGAAAUGCAGACGGAAAAUCUCUCAAGAAAAUUGACAAGCGAGCGAAGCAAAUCCUGAACCAUAUCAUCUAUUCGUGCCGGCGGUGUAAUCGGGACACAGAGCUGUCAGGAACUAAAGAAGGAUACCUCACUUCGCGAGUCAAGGCCAUCAAGCCCGUUUCUCAAAAGCGAAAGCUCCGAAUGGAACAGCAAACAGCGACCAAUAUCGUAGCAGCCUCAUCACCUGUACUCACAGGAACUGUACCGUCUCCCUCUUUCAAAUCCGGCUCUGAAAAAAAGAAUUUGGUUUCAACACUAACAAACGAAAGCACCAAGCGGCCAGCACUACCUCAAUUGACAUCUUCAGCCCUAAACGUCAAACGACCAAAGUACGUUUCGUCCACGCCAGCAUCUCCUGUUGGCGGGCUAUCUAUGGCAUCCUCAACAAAAACUUCAACUACGACAUUCCCAUCCUCAUCGCCACGACCCUCCAGACCAGACAUCAGUUUACCUGGCAGCGGUAACAAAAAGAAAAAGAAAGGUGGUCUUGCCAGCCUACUGGCUAGUCAAAAGGCGAAAGACUCAUCUUCUGGUCCUGACAGCGGAGCAUCUGGGUCCGGUGGAGACAGCGUGCUUGCCAACUUUUUGAUGGGAUUGUAAAUCGCACGCACAUGUAAUAAAGGACGCCUGCAUGGUGCUUUCAAAUAUUAUUUAUUAUUAGUGACGCCCUGGUAAAAAAAAAAAAGAAAAAAAAAAAGAGAGAGAGGAGGUGGCAUCCUAGCUGGUUUAAGGGAAGGCACGACCAGUGAAU